AUGUCCGGUCAUUACCGAUCUCGGUGGGCGUCAAGUACAUCAGCAGGGCGAACAAGUCCUUCCACUAGACGAAGUUCUCUUUCAAGCACCGUAGAACCGAGCACUUAUGGAACAAGUUGGAAUUCGGUUCGAUGGAACAAACCGACUACUUCGGGAUAUCGUUCACACUCCGCUCGAAUCAGAGAUUCCUUUGAGACCAAGCCCUCGUAUAGUCUUUCAACGACAACGAGAGCUUCAAGUACACCAAAAUACAACGCAAGCAAUGCUGUCAAAGUCGCUCAAGAUGUUGUUAGUCUCGGCCCGCCUGUCUCCCAAAGAGCCUCCAGAUUCGAUUCUUCAACACAAGAGAAAUAUCGAGAAGAAGCAAGGGAAUUACUUGAAAAGUAUACGAGUCGAGACAGAACUGGACCUGCUCUUUCUUCAAUGAAAAGUGGAUAUUACUCUCGACACUUUGAACCGAAAAAAUUGGGAGAAACAUCAACAAGACUCAGUUCGGGGACAGUGUUCACUACGCCCACUCCGAGGGCUUCCUCAGCCUACCGAUCAUCGGUGACCCCCACAAAGUCAUUUGAUCUACCAUUCAACUAUUCAUCGACUUCAAGGUAUUCAGUUGAUCGAACUCCCACUUUAUCUUCCUACACUCCGAUCGUUUCAACACCAAAAGAAAGACCAUGGCGAACGAGGUUAGCAGAGGCGGCGCGGUUGAGAGCAACUGUGGGAGAUGAGGCAUCGGCUUCUUAUACAGCGGCUCGAGCAUCUCGAAGGGGAUCUUUGACACAAGCGAGUGGCGAUGAGUCAUUGACGAGAGAGUUGAGUACUCUGAAGAACACCGUUGCCUCGGCUUCUAGACCGGAUUCAACAAAAACUCAUUGCGUGGAUGAGAAUAAACGAGUUGUGCAAAUUGUUUCUUCGGGUAGCGUACCACCGAAAUUCAUCUUCCAUGCGCGGCCCCGAGUCGCGUACCGUCAUUCAUCUCGACAGUCUUCUGCUGAUAGCAGUUAUGGUGGCGGAAUUUCGAGAUAUUCUACCCCAGCUUCUUCAAUUCUUGAUCGAUAUCCAUCUGUUACACGAACUGGGGCCCUUUUUAGCACUUCCACGCCAAAGCCUUAUAUGUCAAGAAGUUUUUCUCCUGUGAGAUCUCCGGUGAAUCCUUUCCAAAACAACUCCACUUCUAGACUCAAUUCAACUCGAUCACUGAGUCCAUCUUCAAAGGAGUCUCUGAAAAAAAUGUCAUCUAGUGAAAAGACAACAAUCUCCACGGCUCCAACUACAUCACCGAUUCAGGAGGGAAAUGAGAAAGAAAAUGAGAAUAGAGACAGAAAAACACAAGCGAGAAGCAGUAGUAAAGCAAGGGCAGCAAGGCGAGCGUCAAGACAACGAGAAGUGGAGAAAAGUUCGAGUUCCGAGGGAGAAGAUUGCGAGAACCGCUCACUCAGUCGACAUAGAAGAAGGCUAAAAAAGAAAACAUCAAAAGACAAUGAUGCAUCAGCUCCUCGGCUCCCAGGAACAGAAGAUGUACUUGAUUCGGGAAAACCAGAAAUGGUGAGU